AUGAUCGCGCUCCUGUCGAUCAUCGCCCACGCGAUGGUGGUGGUCUUUUCCAUCAUCGAGUACGUCUUCCUGGAGAUCGUCGACGUCAAGCUCAUCAUAGUAGUGUCAUCCGGGGUCCUGGCCGGCUUCUUCGCACUGACCGUCAUCUUGGCCCCCUUUGCCCUGAUCCCGUCGUUGAACAAGUCCACCGCGCCGCUCAUGCUCAAGACCUUCCUGGUGAGCCUGGUCAUCUUCAUCAAUUGGGCCAUGUUCAUGGUGUGCAUAAUCCACUGGAGAUCCCACUAUCAAGUCAACAGUCCCAUGGAGUGUCUGAUGGACACAUCGCCUCCGCUCGACAUACUACAGCCCAACAGUACAACUAACAUCGUUAGCAUGAGCAGCAGCACCAUGACGGGGACCAAUGGCAUGGGUAGCGGGAACAAACAACUCCCACUCAACAUGAUGCACACCCAAUGCUACAGCCAGUUUAUGGCCAUCUUCCUGCUCCAGGCCACCAUAGGAUCAGCAGUGCAGAUGUUCAUUGUGGCCAUGUACACUUCCUCCUGCGUCACCAGGAGGAUGGACUACGCGCCAGUCAAGUACAGCAUGUACCCCAAGGAGCAGUACCAGUUUAUGAACAACAGUGACCUCAGCAACAAUAUGGAAAUGACAGAGAUUGGAAGAAUGGGCAACAGUGGCACAAGUAAACAACAGUAG